AUGUUUGGUACCACUUACAAGGUUGGCACCGGUGCCGACACGCUUUGUAAGAGAAUCGUGAAGAAGUUACUUCGAUUUGCAGAUCCUGCUUCGGGUGGUUCAGAAGAUUGGGCUAAAGGCAAAGCUCGUGUAAAAUACUCAUAUCUUUUUGAGCUGAGGCCUGAAGAACAAGUAUGGGACGGGUUCUUGCUUGCGGAAAAUCAG